AUGGCGCGCAAUAUGCUGUCUCUGAAGCUGAAGCUGUAUUCGGCAUUCGUGCUGAUCUUUGCCCUCUCCGUGACGUUCCCUGAUCUCUACGAGGCAUCUAUCGCCGAACUGCAGGAUGGCCUCGAGAAGGGUCAUUUCCCAAGUGUCGACCUAGUCAAGGCCUAUUUUGCACGCAUCGAGGAAGUGAAUUUGCAAGGGCCGACCUUGCGCGCCGUGAUAGAGACGAACCCUAGUGCGCUGAGUCAAGCCGCUGAACUCGACCUCGAGAGGCGUCUCCAAGGCUCACGCGGACCACUGCACGGAAUACCGAUCAUUGUCAAGGACAACGUCGCUACAGUCGCUAGCGAAGGUUCCUUCGCGCUACUAGGAUCUAUCGUACCCCGCGACGCGCAUGUCGUCAGCAAGCUGCGUGCCGCAGGUGCCAUCAUCCUAGCGAAGGCGAAUCUUUCCGAAUGGGCUCACUUCCGUGGUAACGUCCCAAACGGCUUUUCCGGUCGGGGUGGUCAGGCUUCGAGCGCGUAUGUCCCACUGGGGGAUCCAUCUGGCUCGAGCUCUGGCAGCGGUAUUUCCGCGUCAAUAGGCCUUGCGGCCGCCGCUCUAGGUUCCGAGACGGACGGGUCAAUCAUCUCUCCCAGCAAUCAGAACAAUCUGGUAGGCAUUAAGCCGACUGUCGGACUCACUUCGAGAGCAGGAGUCAUCCCGAUCUCCGUGCACCAAGACACCGUUGGUCCGAUGGCUCGCUCUGUGACCGACGCAGCUAUCGUCCUCUCCGCUAUUGCGGGUCGAGAUCCCCGCGACAACUUCACUUUCGCGCAACCCCCGAUCGUCCCUGACUUCACCAAAGCCCUCAAGGCGGACGGACUCAAGGGCGUCCGCCUCGGAGUGCCUCGCAAACUCUUUUCCCGUACCAACAGCAACGUCGUCGCUGCAUUCAACGCCUCGCUGGACACUAUCCGUGGCCUCGGUGCCACCAUUGUCGAUCCUGCUGACCUCCCGGACUUCACGGAACUGGAAGCAUCUAACAACGAGACGAUUGUGCUCGACACUGACUUCAAGGUCGACAUCAAUCAAUACAUUUCGGAGCUUCUCGAGGUCCCUACGGGCGUGAAGAACCUCGCUGACCUGAUCGCAUUCAACAUUGCGCACGCAGACGAAGAGCUCGUCCAACCGUUCUGGACGGAUCAAUCUGAAUUCAUCGCCUCAGAGAAUACUACCGUAGAUCAGGCAUAUUUCAACGCAAUCGCAGCUGACAAGGACCUAGGAGGCAAGCGAGGGAUCGACGGGGCUUUGCAGACGUUCGGCGUCGACGCGCUCCUGAUGCCAAGUAGUGUGGCAUCUGGACCUGCUGCGAUUGUCGGAUACCCGAUCGUCACAGUUCCUCUAGGAUUCCUGCCUCCCAACACUACCCUUGCGCCCGCCCAGCCAGUACGCUCCAGCGGACCAAACCAACCUUUCGGAAUCGCAUUCGUUGGGACGGCAUUUAGCGAAUUCAAGUUGAUCACGUUCGCUUUUGCGUAUGAGCAGGCAACGCACAACCGUCUCAAGGUACUCGCGUUCCCAGAAGCCAUACCGAAAACGCAGCUCGCAGACAUUGUUGGAAAUUAG